UCGUAAGAAUCUCUCCUCUCUGUAUGGCAAGUGAUAACAACCCAGCACCAAACCUCACUAAUCCAACUUAACAUUUCUCUUAUAUAAACCCUUCUCCAUUCUCGACAAUAUCACAGCUUAACGAAGAGUGAUCACAGAGAGAGAGAGAAAAAAAAUGGUGAACCUGGUUGCAGCGCAGAGGCCAUUGCUUCAUGGCCUAAUGAAGAUGGCGGGGAUCAGGCCGUACACGGUGGAGAUUGAGCCCGGGACCGUGAUGAGUUUCUGGGUCCCUUCAGAGACCAUAACGAAGCCGAAGAAAAAAGAUGAAAAGCCGAGAAUCAUAGGGAAACCCAGCAAGCCCACGGUGGUUCUGGUGCAUGGUUUCGCGGGCGAAGGAAUCGUGACGUGGCAGUUCCAAGUGGGGGCGUUGACGAAGAAGUACGCUGUUUAUGUUCCGGAUCUUCUGUUCUUCGGAGGGUCCUCGACCGAUAAAGCGGACAGGUCGCCAAGGUUUCAAGCAGAGUGUCUGGUGAGGGCCUUAAGGAAACUUGGGGUGGAGAAAUGCAUAGUGGUUGGGUUCAGUUACGGGGGAAUGGUGGCGUUUAAGAUGGCUGAGAUGUACCCUGAAAUGGUUGAAGGAAUGGUUAUUUCUGGGUCCAUUGUCGCCAUGUCGAACUCCCUGAGAGCCGCCUCUCUGCAACAGCUUGGGUUCUCUUCUUCUUCGGAUCUCUUGAUGCCUACCACUGUUAAGGGUCUUAAGGACCUCUUGUCCGUCGCUGCUCACAAAAAACUCUGGUUUCCUGAUCGUUUGCACAAAGAUUUUCUUGAGGUGAUGUUUACGAAUAGAAAGGAACGGGGUGAACUAUUGGAGGGCUUAGUAAUUAGCAACACAGAUAUGGUGGCCACCCCCAAAUUUCCACAGAGAAUACAUCUUUUAUGGGGCCAGAACGAUCAAAUUUUCAAAGUGGAGCUUGCACAAAAUAUGAAAGAAGAACUAGGGGAUGGCACAACGUUUGAAAGCAUAGAGAAAGCUGGUCACCUUGUUCAGCUGGAGCGACCCUGUGUCUACAAUAGAUGCCUCAAGAACUUUCUUUCUUCCUUCUUCGUCAAAAAUCAUUAACGUUUUCAAAUCUAUUCUCUUUUCAAUUCUUACAUCUUCUCCUUUAACCUAA